UCUACUAAUUGUGUCACCUCCAAUGUGCUCUGGAUCAUUCAGACAUGGUGACUCAUCUCUACCUUAGUGUGACAAUCUUGGCUCUUUUUGCAACAACUGUUGCUAAUGCAGAGAUCAAAGUAGACUGUGGGAAAGACUCAAUAAGUAUCAAAUGGAGGAUCAAUGCGGAGUUGGUGCCACAUGCAGCUCGUCUCUUUCUCGGGAGCUGCAUGCCAUCUCGGUUGAACGUCCUGCCCAGCGGGGAGGGGGAGGCACAGUUCAACUACCGGUUUGCUGACUGCAAAUUUAAAAGACUGAUGAAAGGAAAACGUCUCCUCUAUCAAAAUGAGCUGACUUACAGGCCGCAGCAAAAGUCAAAACCUGCUGCCUUUGUGUAUCCCAUUGAGUGUGUUUAUAAAAGACCUGAAGGCUGGGUUCCCCCUUUCCUGAACCCUGGGUCAGGUGUCUCUGAAGGCCGAGGCGGGCUGGUGUUUCACAUGGCACUCCUCGAUGAUCAGCUAACAGGUAUAGCAAAGACAAAUGUCAUCCCCCUGGGCUCCUUCAUGCCAAUAUGGGCGGCAGUGGAGCAGAACUCCCAUCAACCUUUGCUGCUGCUCAUGGAGGAAUGUGUGGCAUCCACUUCACCAGAGCUGCAGACUGGCAGCCAGGUUUACCCCAUCAUUAGCAAUAAGGGGUGUCUUUUAGAGAGCAUGACGGCAAACUCUGUGUUCCUCCCUCGGUACCACUCGUCUGCUCUCAUCCUUUACCUGCAGUCCUUCAAGGUUGGACUCGGAGAGGAGGUGUACAUUCAUUGUAAACUCGUUGCAUGGGAUCCUGAAGCUCUUGACGAAAGCAAAAAAGCCUGCCACUACGUCAAGGAAAACAGGAGGUGGGAACUGCUCGAUGACCCUUUUCAGAGCUCCGUCUGCAGCUGCUGCGAUUCAACCUGCAAGUUACGCUCCAAAAGAGGAAUUGAAUCUGAAACCCACAGCUUUAGUCACAACUCUGUGUUGGGCCCCCUGAUCAUAAGGGAUCCAGCUGACUCAGAGACCCACAAUGCAUCAGUGGUGUCUGUCACUGCAGCCAAUUCUGAUGGUAACAUUAUCUCAACAGGAAGCCCAGAUGAUAGAGUCGAUGAUCAUGCAAAGCAGAGGGGGCCGGAAGAAGAUGUCCUCAGCCUCCUCAAGAUAUCCCCUUUACAUGAUUGAGUUAGUGUUUGCAGAUGAAUCCAUCCUGAACUCUCUGUACCAAUAAACCUGGUGUAAACUCCUGA